GCUCUCUCUCCCGCACUCCCUUCCCUUCUCUCACUCCCCACCUCUCCCUUUCAAACCCCCACUUCGCCCCCUCUGGUGACAAAAGCACAACACCACCUCCGGCGCUCCAACUUCUACUGACCCGACCCUAAACCCACAUGGACGUACCCAACCCGACCCGCCUCCGACCCAAGAAAUCCACCACACCCUCCGAACGCUUCCUCGGCGCGUAUCCCCACGCGCUGCCCAAUAACCCUAGCCCCGCCACCUCCAUCGGCGACGAGCUCAACGAGGACGAUGUCUUCUGGAGCAACGACGUCGCCGCCGAACCCAUUCACCACUCAACCCCUUCUUCUUCUACCUCCUCAACCCCGCGCCACCAUAGCCAUCACCACCAACACCACCAUCACAAGGGCUUUUCUCAACCAGAGAGCUUCGGCAUCCUCGCCGCUCUCCCGGAACGAGAGCCCUCCUCUUCCAAUCACCGACCCCACUCCCAUUUCUACCACAAGUGCUCGGUCUCAUCCUCCGCGUCGUCCUCGCCCUCGCAGCUAAUCCCGGCGAUUCCGAAGCCGCCUCACGAUCGGUUUCACCACCCGCCUUUGUCCUCUGUGAAGUACCACCAGUCGGCGCCGUUGAACGUCCCGGUGUUGGCCAAUGCGAUGAGGAAGCACCGGGAAUUUGACGCCGUGGACGACGACCAGGAUGACGACGAAGGAGAAGGCGAGAUGCUGCCGCCGCAUGAGAUUGUGGCCAGGAGCUCGUCCCACACGCCGAUGCUCGCGUGUUCGGUGCUGGAAGGCGUGGGGAGAACAUUGAAGGGCAGAGAUCUCAGGCGGGUUCGCAAUGCGGUGUGGCGGCAAACAGGUUUUCUUGAUUGAGGACGAACUCUUUAUAACUUUUCCUCUCUUUUAUUUGGGAAAAGAAUUUCAGAGUUCGUUUAUUUGUUGUUUUUUUAAUGUUAAAUUGGUAGCCAAUAUUCAAGUGGUUGAUUAAAGUGUUGAGUAAUUUCAGGGAAGUUUAGUAUACCUUGGAAGAAAUAGAGUGAUUAUUGAGUAAUUUUUUAAUUUUUUAAAUUCAUGUUUUAGUUUCUGAGGUAAUGAAGGCAGAGGCAUGGUAUUCUAAA